UCCCAUCGCAUUAGCCCGUCGUUCUUGGUGGGACUCACACUAAAGUAUUGUUAGUAUAGGAAACCCAGACUGAUAUAGUGUAACUUUAACCCCUCAUUAUGGGGACAACUAGUAUUAGUUUGUCCGUAUUAGUGUUAAUACUUUCCGUUCUAUGGAAACCAGCGUAUACAGAUAAAUGUUCACUAGGCUGUAAAGGAUCGGCAACCGCCCCGACAUUCCUGAACGGGCACAAGUACAACUAUGGCGUGGAAGGUAUAGUGUCGAUCUACCUGACCGGGGCGGACAAGCAGGAAACUGGGCUGAAGCUGCUUGGCCAGGCCACGGUCACGUCUGUCGGCAACUGCGUCAAUGAGCUGGUGGUCCAGAACCUGGCUAUCUCCGGGCCAGAUGGCGAGAAGUACCCCUGCCCCGAGGGCAUCGAGAAGCCGGUCCGGUUCACCCUCCAAGAUGGCAAGGUUGGCCCUGAGAUCUGCUCAGAGGAGGAGGACUCCCGCAAGUCGCUCAACAUCAAGAGGGCCAUCAUCUCUUUGCUGCAGACCGAGACCAAGUCAUCCGUCGAGACUGAUAUCUUCGGCGCGUGUCCCACCGAAGCGUUCUCCUCUCAAGAAGGUAGCUCCGUACUGGUCCACCGCAGCAGGGAUCUCUCUCGCUGCGCCUUCAGAGAACAGGGCAAGAAUGACCUCAUCACUUCAGUGCUCAAUCCUAGUGCUGAAAUCAAAAACACCCAAGUACUCCAGUCCAACCUGAAUGUGGAAUCAAAGGUCAACAACGGCAUUCCUGAGAAGGUCGCGGCUACUGAGGAGUAUCUGUACAAGCCUUUCUCUAUCGGAGAGAACGGAGCUAGGGCUAAGGUGUACACGAAACUGACGCUUACCGGAAAAGGAAAUGGUGCUGCAUCUGGCGCCUGCACCCGCGCCCGCACCAUCAUCUUCGAGAACCCGCACGGCGCCGCCGUCGACAACAACGCCCACAGCGCCCUGCAAGCCGUCAAGGACACCGCCAAGACCCUCACCACUGAAGCUAGCUCCAAAUCUGCUGGACUCUUCGCUCAACUCGUCAGGAUCCUCCGCAGCACUAAUAAAGAUGAUCUUCUGAAAGUAUUCCAACAAGUCAAAGGAAACAACCUGGAAAAACGUGUCUUCCUCGACGGUCUCCUCCGCGCGGGAACUGGCUACAGCUUGGAGGCUUCCAUCAACUUGCUGAAGAGCAAACAGCUCAGUAGUCUGGAGAACAACCUCGUGUACCUCUCCCUCGGGAACGCCAGGCACGUCAACAAUGAGGCUGUCAAGGCUGCUGCUACCCUCCUGGACAAUCCCCACGUCCCCAAAGAAGUGUACCUGGGCGUGGGCGCGCUGGCGGGCGCGUACUGCCGCGACCACAACUGCCACGAGGACAAGCCCGAGGGUGUCGUCGCGUUGAGCAACAAGCUCGCCGGCAAGCUCAACUGCAAGCCGAAGACCAAGGUCGAUGAGGAUCUGGUGGUCGCAGUCCUGAAGGGAAUCCGCAACAUCCGCCAUCUUGAAGACAACCUCGUGGAAAAGGUGGCUCGUUGUGCCAAUGAUAAUGGCGUCAAGUCUCGAGUCAGGGUUGCCGCGUUAGAGGCCUUCCACGCUGACCCUUGCACUGCAAAGCUCAAGACCGCAGCCCUUUCAAUCUUGGCCAACCGCGAUUUGGACUCUGAGCUCCGCAUCCAAGCCUACCUGGCCGUGAUCGCGUGCCCGUGCGCAGGCUCCGCCAGCAAAAUCGCUGACUUACUGCAAUCCGAACCUGUCAACCAGGUUGGUCGUUUCAUCACCUCGUCACUGCGCGCCAUCCGCAACUCCGCCAACCCCGACCGCUAUCUUGCCAAACAACACUACGGCAGAAUCGGCAACAAACAAUUCAAAGUUGAUGACAGGAAGUACUCCUACUUCCACGAGCUCUCGUACAACGUGGACGCGCUCGGCGUCGGCGGGACUCUGGAGCAGACGGUGAUCUACUCCCAGGACUCCUUCUUGCCGAGGUCUGCCACCUUGAAUGUUACCACCGAGCUGUUCGGACACAACUUCAAUGUUCUCGAGAUCGGAGGUCGCCAAGGAAACUUGGACCGCGUGAUCGAACACUUCAUCGGCCCCAAGGGUCUCCUCCGCACGGAGGACCCGCAGACCCUGUACGACAACCUCAAGAAGCGCUACGAGGAGACCUCCAAAAAGGUCGACCAGAGCUUGGGGAGGGGACGCCGGUCUAUCAAGACUGAGGUUGACAACUUCGAUAAGCAUCUGAAAUCAGAAUCAGUCCCGUACAACAACGAGCUGGACCUGGACAUCUACGUGAAGCUGUUCGGAACUGAUGCCGUGUUCCUCUCGCUCGGAGACGACAAGGGCUUUGAGUUCAACAAGCUGCUGGAUCAGCUCAUCGUGGCUGUUAACGGAGGACUCAACAAGAUCAAGAACUUUAAGCAAGAACUUCGCGCACACGUGUUAUUCCUGGACGCGGAACUAGCGUACCCAACCUCCACCGGUCUGCCCCUCAAGCUCGACCUCGUUGGUUCCGCCACAGCUCGUGUCGAAGCCGUCACCAAUAUUGACGUCCGCCAAAUCAUAAAAUCCCCAGCCAAUGCCAAGGUUGACGUCAAGUUGGUCCCAAGCACUGAUGUGGAACUCGCUGGUUUGUUCCUGGUUGACGGAAACUCCGUGGCUACUGGGUUGAAGGUCGUCAAUAACUUGCAUUCGUCAAUUGGAGGACAUUUGAUUGCUAAAGUCUUGGAAAACGGCAACGGCAUCGACAUCCAAUUCGGCCUUCCCGUCGACAAGCAGGAGAUCCUCACCGCCUCGAACGACCUGGUCUUCAUCACGGCCGCCAGGGGCCAGAAGGCCAAAGUGGUUCCGAUCAAACUAGACAACGUGAAGCCUUCCUACUCCGGCUGCUUCGACCAGCUGGCUGGGGUCAUCGGGCUGACCAUGUGCGGGGAACUGGUGCUACCGUUCGCUAUCUCUGGAGAACAAAGCCAAGCGUCAAUCUCCAAGUUCCUGGCGCGGUACCCGCUCAGCGGCCCGUCCUCCGUCAAGCUGGUCCUGGAGAAGAACGACCUCAGGGGGUACCACCUCAAAGGGGUACUGAGGAACGACCGUCCCGACAGGAGAGGCAUUGAAUUGCUGUUUGAAGCUGAAGGAUCUAAAAAUCGGCGUACGCAACUCCUCGGCGAAGUCGUCCUCAACGACAACGAGAAAUCCCUGAGACUCGAAUUAGAUUCCCCCAUCAAGGUCAUACACACUGAAGCAGCUUUCUACAGAAAGCCCACUGAUCUGUCCCUUCUUCUGAAGGCUGAUUAUGAUGAUAAGAAGUACUACGCUAAAGCUGGAUUCAGUAUUCAUGGUGAUGAGAACCGCAGCGUGCUCAAGCCUUACUUGGAAUAUUUGCUCGGAGGUGGUGACAAGGGACCAACCAAAGUGACGAUAAACGGUGAAAUCCAAAAAGUAAAGAACGGACCGAAAACAGUAUACGACAUUAAAGGUCUUAAACUAAAAUCUGAAGGCAUGAACGAGGUCAUUGACCUGAAUGGUCAAGUAGCUGUCACUGAUUCACCAGUUAGGGUCGAAGUUGAUCUAAAUGGUAAACAAGGACAACACAAUGUACUUCUGCGUGGAAACUUGGCUUCGGAUACAUUGUCGGUGGAGUUCCAGAACACGCUGAACAAUAACAUCAACUUCAAACUGAACGGCCAUCACACCCAUGCUCAAGGAUCUUUCAACACCGACGCGGAGCUGUUAUACGGUCCCGACUUCAAGAUUCGCGAGAACAGAAUCGCUUUCCAGCAGCUCCUGAAGUUCUACCAGAAGAGCUCCGACGACUACAGCCUAGUCACCAAGAACAGCCUCGAAGUUGGUGGCCUAAACUUCGCGGUCCGCGCGGACGCUGACAUAGACCCCAAGAAGGUGGACAUCGAGCUUCAAGGCAAGUACCAGGACAAAAAGGCGGACUUCAACGUCAUCUGCAGGAAGCAUAUCAAGCACCCACAGGACUAUAGCUUCAAACUCAACACCAACUUUGACAAGCAAGGUUUGGAAGUGUUCUCCAAGAGGGACUGCCUCUCGGACGACAAGUCCAACUUCGAAAACUACGUGCAAAUCAAGAAUGUGGCCAAGUACGAGUUGUCUGGAGUGGUCCUCCAUAGGGACAAGCCCAACGACAUUGCCAAGGGAGCUAAUGGACACUUCAAGAUCUCUGGAAAAGGGAAGAGUGAAGAUAUCAAAUUCGACGUCGGCGUCACAGCCAAGGGCGAUGAAUACACAUCGCACGCCAAACUCUCGUCCACCGCCGGCGAAUUCCUCAACUACCACCUGAAGAUCAGUAGCGGCGCCAACGCCAAUGGCCAGCUCACCCUGGUCAUUAAGGACAACAUCUCCGUCAACGGCCAGUACAAGGUCAAUGACGCUGAUGGCAAAGGCAACGGGAUGAUCAUCUUCGACUUCAAGAAGUCCCAACGCAAGAUCAAGGGAGAUGUGGCCUUCGUCGCCAAGGACCCAGUCUUUUCUGCUGAAGUGGAUCUCUUCCUCAACUUCGAGAAGGACAACAACAACAAACUCCACUUCAGCACCAACACAAAGAGGACCGACAAAUCGUUUGACACUAAGAACAAGUUGGUGUACGCCGGCAAGAAGUCAGAGUUGAACCUGCAAACGCACGGCGAGAUCGGACUCACCGGCAAGUUGGGCUUCAACUUGGAAGCCGUGCUGCCCACUGAGCGCUGCCUCACCUUCAAGUUCAACCGCGAGCUCAACGAGAAGGACAAUGUUUACGGUGGAAACGUGGAGCUUCUCAUCUCGGACGCCCCGAAGCGCGGCGCCGCCGGCUCCUCCAUCCAGUACAGAGGCAAAGUCGUCAACACCAACGUGGAAAAGGAUGUCAUGAACUACGAGGGACAGAUCCAGUUACAGCUCAAGAAUGGCAAGAAACUCGUCAACGCCUUCAGCUUGGUCAACAACCCUGUGGGUGACGACAAGUUCAAAUAUGAGUUCAAGACCGAGAUCACGGGAGAUUUGCUUCCCAAACGCGCGUCACUGGUCGCCAGCAGCACCUACACAGACCCUGAGAAGGGCCUCGCCGAGGACUACAACAUGAAGGGCAGUUACGGAGACGACCUCGGCUUUGACAUCGUCGGCAACUACCACAUCGACCUGCUUGGGGAGGACAAGAAAUACCAAGACUACUACGUGGUGACGUUGCGGCUGCCGUUCGAGAAGGCGCACGACAUCAAAUACGUCAACGAUGUUCUGUUCCUCAUCAAACAGAGCAAUGGCGAGUUCAACGUGAUUCAGUCCCUGCAAGUGAACGCGGACCUCUACAAGCUGGACGUGAAGGGCUCCGGCAACCCCUCGGCCGGCAACGCCAAGCUCCACGUCCUGAUUCCUCGUGUUGACCCCUUCACCAUCGACACCAGCUACAAACAAGGAGUUGAUGGAGACGUAAGGUCCGUAGACCUGGACAUUAAGAGUCAGUACGGCAAAGGCAAGAACGCAGAGGUCGUCAUCAACGCGAAGACCUCCCCCCAGAAGUUCACCACGGAACUGAAGGCGAGGGCGCCUCAGGCUGAAAAGAUCAAGGACUUGGGCUUCGGAUUCACCUCCUCCUCACUGAACGCAGACACGUUCGCAGUGGACGUGGCAGGCAACGUCAACGACAAGUCAUACGCCCUGCACUCCGUGGUGGGACUCUCCAAGGCUAACCCUGUGCUUGACAUCACCCUGAAGAACCCUGACGGCAACACCGAGAAACUGCACCUGAAAGGCACCACCAUCAGCUCCUCCCAAGGGAAAGUCGAGCUGAAACUCGAAAACGUCCAGGGCCUGACCCUCGACGCCACAGCCGAAGGGACCGUCCAGCAAGACAAUAUCAACUUCAAGUUCGUCGGCAACUCAGACAAACUCGGGCUGAAGAACUACCAAGUGGACAUCUCUAGCAAGGACGCCGGGAACGGAAAACGACUGGAGUUCCACGCGACCAAUGAUAACAAGAAUGUGCUCAGUGGAAGCACGUCCCUGAUCAGCAAGAAGGACGAGAAGCAGACGAUCUACGAGGGCUCCGGCUCCUUCAAGGUCAAGGACGAGCAGAAGUCCGCCAACUUCAAGUAUAUCAGGACUCUGCUUACUGAGGGCAACGAACAGGGCGUCGAGACAUUCCUGAACCUGGCUAUCGGCGACCGCAGCUACGUGGCCGAGUCCAAGGUGACAAACCUCGAGUUCAAGAACUCCUACCUCUACUGCGAGGAGAAGAAACAAUGCGCUCACGUUGACAUCAACUCCAAACUUAACGUGCCCAAACAAGGCACCUUCCAACACCUGGUCAACGUGAACGUAGACCUGCGCAAGCUGGGAGUGACUCCGGAAUUCGGGCUGGAGAUCACGAACGAGGUCGCGGACAAGAAGCUGCCGCAGUACACGCUGGACCUGCACGUCAACAACAAAGAGAAGAAGUACCAUCUCCAUGUUUACAGCCAGCCUGAUUACGGCAAGUUCCCAGCGGGCGUGACGCUGGCGCUGCCGACGCGCACGCUGGCGGCGGAGGCGCUGCUGUCGUUCCCCGCGCAGCGCGCGCUGCCGCUGCGCGCCGAGCUCUCCGUGCACGCCGACAAGAGGAAGCCGCAGCACAAGACCGGCGCCCGGCUCUUCAUCGACGUCACCGGGGACCAAGCGGGGCACUCUGCUGUAGCUCUGGUUGGAUUCAGCCAUCCUAAACUCGGCAAAGAAGCACAGAUCGUGGUGAAAGGCAAGCUGCAAACGCCCAAAGAGAAGACGUUCAAGAUUGAAGCUUCCUCCGCCCUGAAGCUGCCCAGCCUCGGAGCCGAUCGUGAAUCAAAUAUCUUGCUAGAACUUAGCCCGACCGACUUCAAAUUCGAGCUGGACACGCCGCUGACGAAGCUGCUGGAGCUGUCGGGCUCGGCGUCGCUGGCGGAGCAGCCGCAGCGCGCGGAGCUCAGCUUCAGUCUGCUGGCGGGCAAGCCCGUCAGCGUGCGCGCGCUCAUCCGGGACUUCACGUAUUACGAGUUCACUACAGGUUAUAGUGAAGAAGCCGACCGCAAGCUCAUGAUCGUCAGCCAUCUUGAUCCCGAGAAGAGAGUUGACGUCAGCGCUGACAUCGUCCUCGGAGGAGAGAAGAAGAACAUUGCACAUGGAGCACUCUUCCUCCAGGACAACCUGGUCAAGACCGACUAUGGAUUCUCCAAGGAUAACUUCCAGUACUUCUCUACUGCUCUCAAGAAUGACCUGCUGACCCUGGAGAACCGCGUGAAGCAGCUGGGCCAGAAGGCCAACAACGACUUCAAGGACGCGCUGAAGAAGGUUGAGCCCAAACUCAAGGAGCUCGAGAAGGCCUACCAGGAGGACUUCUCCAAGAUAUAUCAUGAACUGGACCAGGACAAGGAGUUGGCUGAAAUCCUGCAUAUCUUCGCCGUGGUCGCGGAGAAGUUUGUGAACAUAAUCGAGGAAGUGGUGAAGACGACGAAACCGGUCGUAGACCAAGUAACCAAGACCAUCAGCGAAGCCUGCAAACAAAUCUGCGAUUUGUAUGAGAAACAGAUCGAGCCCGAGCUGCUGAAGCUGUACGAGACGGUGGGCGCGCUGCUGAAGGAGUACCUCGAGGGGACGCUGGACCUCGCAGCGCACGCGGCCGCACUCGUCGCAGACUUCUUCGAGAAGCACAAGGCGGAGCUGGAGGAACUGACCAAUACCAUUGCUGAGAUCUUCAAAGACCUGACCCGCUUGCUCGUGGCUCAGCUGAAGGAGAUCCGCCUGAAGGCUGGAGAACUGUUCAAGGAACUGUUGGAGUCCAUCAAGAACAGCCCAAUAGUCGCUAUGCUGCAAGAGAAAUACCAAGAGCUGGCGGUGCCCGACCAGGUCCUGAACAUCCUGCUGGAGCUCCACAACAUGGCGCGCGCGCUGCUGCCCUCGGAGGAGGCCAGGAACUUCGCUGAUGCUCUAUUCUCUUACGUCAAUAAGAAACUCCGCAACGAGAAGGUCGACGACGCGGCGGAACUCCGCAUAGUGUACGAGAAGCUGGUGGUAGCUGUGACGUCAUUGCUGCAGGUCCUCCGCCAGCAGCUCAGCCAGCUUGGAGUACCCAGCUUCAUCGCGCUCGACUCUCUUCCGUUCAUCUCCGGUCCGGGCCAGACAUCGUAUCCGGGACUUCGCGGCGCGGUGUCCUUCAGUCUGCUGAACCAACUGGCGUCGGCCGACUUCGUCAACCCCCUCGACCUCCUCCAAGCGUACAGGCUGAGGAGCUUCGACCCGUUGGAUGAGGUGCCGAGGAAACUCCGCGCGGUGGUGGUGAACGGCCAACACAUAUUCACGUUCGACGGCCGCCACCUGACGUUCCCCGGACAAUGCCGCUACGUCCUGGCGCACGACGGCGCGGACAGGAACUUCACGCUGGUGCUGCAGCUGCAGGCCGGGCUGCCGCGGGCGCUCGCGCUCCAGGACAAGGGCGGCGUCACCAUCGAGCUCAAGGAUAACGGACAGGUGGCAGUGAAUGGACAAGUGCACGGCUUCCCGGUGUUGGAGAAGGACGCGUUCGCGUUCCGGAAACCGGACGGAUACAUCGGACUCGGGUCCCUGUACGGUAUCAUGGUGUACUGCUCUAGCAAACUUGAGGUAUGCUACAUCGAAGUGUCCGGCUUCUAUCUCGGCAAACUGCGCGGUCUACUCGGGGACGGCAACAACGAACCCUACGACGACUUCAGGCUGCCCAACGGAAAAAUCAGCAACUCUGAGGCGGAGUUCGGCAACGCGUACCGCCUGUCCAGCAGCUGCGCGCCGGCGGCCGCGCCCGCGCACCGCCGCCACCAGCUGCAGCAGGCGCUGCCCGCGGCCUGCGACCGCGUGUUCGGCUCCGCCUCGCCGCUGAGGCCGCUCGCUUUGUUCCUCGAUGUCGCGCCCUUCAGACAAGCGUGCAUCCACGCAGUGGCCGAGUCCAAGAACCCGCUGAAGGAGGCGUGCCAGCUGGGCGCCGGCUACGCAGCGCUGGCGCUCAGUGGGCUGCUGCCGGCGGUGCUUCCUCCCGUCUGCGUGCGGUGCCACGACGCCGGGAAGCCCCGGGAGGUGGGCGACGUCUACCAAGUCACCGUGCCCAACAAGCAGGCAGACAUAUUGGUCCUCAUUGAGACUACCAAACUGUCAGAGAAGCCGUACAAAGAGCUGCUGAUCCCGCUGGUGUCGCAACUGGUGGACACCCUGAAGUCCCGCAAGAUCACCGACAUCAAGGUGCACCUCGUCGGAGCCACCAAGCGGUUCCCCUACCCCAUCGUGUACGACACUGACUUGAAACUGAAGAACCCCAAGGUCUCGUUCGAGGACGACGGCCGCUACGAGGAGCUCCGCGGAGUGGUCACCGGCUGCCACAAGCUGGACAACCUGCAGGGAGAGGUGCUGGAGAUCAUCAACUCGGUCAAGGUGUUGCUCGGAGCCUCCAACGUCCGCCUCGGCCAGGACGGAGCCCUGGAGACCCCGCUGCGGCCCGCCGCCGCCAAACACAUCAUCUCGCUCAGCGGGGAGCACUGCCGCUUCGAACUUGGCAGCCUGCUGUCGGGAGUGUCGGGCGCGGCGGCGCGCGGCGGCGGCGUGUCGGCCAGCUACCUCACCGUCACCGACCACCUCGCCGUCGACGGCAGGCCCGCCGACCAGAUCGUCGGGUUCAACAAGGACGGCGUCCUGUUCCUCGGAGAGAAGAAGUUCACGAAGGGAGUGAAGGUCUCGCACCGCUCCGACAGUUGUAUCGACUUCUUCGAAGAGGCUGACGGGCUGGUGCUGUCAUCAUCCAACUACCUGGCGCUCAACCCAGCGCAGCAGAAGCAGUACCUGCAGCUAGCGGCGACCUCCAUCAGCCAGCAGAUGCUGAGCGCGGCGCUGGUGCAGGAGUGCGUGUGCGCAUACCGCGACCCCUUCAGCGCGCGCAGCGUCUGCGGCGUCACGGACAGGAAGGAACCGGCUCGCCGACGAAAGUGAGGACCCCACAUCUGUGAUCGAAUGUGAACAAGCCAAAUAUACUUUAGUUUUAUAUACAAAUAAUUUGUAAGCGGAAACGAGAUGCAAAUAUUCCAGAAUAGGUGCGUCUCGCUCUCGCGUCUUAAAUUAAUUCUCAAUAAAAUGUCAUAUUUUUGUAAUACAAUGCUGAUUUUAAUGUAUAUAUAUUUAACGCCGCAAGAUCAGGCGUUGUGUCGAUAAUCACUGUAUUCGAAUUAAAAAAACAUGUUAUUUACAA